AUGGCGAAGCAUUUUCUCCCACUCAUCAUGGCGGUGGCGGUGGCGGUGUCAGCCAUCCUUGUCACCGCCACGGCCGACGACCUCGCCCCCGCGCCCACGGUGGACCCGGCGAACUCAACCGCCAAGCCGACGGCGUACGAAAUGCUAGAGCGCUACGGCUUCCCGCCGGGCAUCCUCCCGGCGGGCGCGGAGAGCUAUGAUCUGGGCCUGGACGGGUCCUUCCAGGUGAACUUCCCCAGCGACUGCAGCUUCCGCGUGUCCAAGCAGUACAAGGUGAACUACAGCAGCCGGAUGGCCGGGAACAUCCAGAACGGGUCCAUCAGCGGGCUGGAGGGCGUCAAGGUGAAGAUCCUCUUCGCGUGGAUCAACAUCCGGGAAGUCGACCUCGACGGCGGCGAGCUCAGGAUGCACGCCGGGUCGGUGUCCAAGUCCUUCUCGCUCGACCAUUUCUCCACUAGCCCGCAGUGCAACUGA